UUUGGCAACAUACUUGUUCUAUGCGAUUCACCUACUUGUCAUGGGUGCUGAGAUCACACAUCUAGAAUACACACCUGAGCCAGACUUGCAUAGAUCGCAUGGUCGUGAAUCACAAGCACAAGGCAACAGAGGUGCCAAUGUCGAGCACCAUUACGUCCACAACAGCAAUGAACACUGCUCCUUGAGGAGGAUGAACAACACGCAGAGCCGUCCCAGUGGUGGACGGAGCCCUCCUCGACAACAACAACAACAGCCGAAGUACUACAAUAUCGAAGAUAUAGUAAACUCUGAUAUGGAUACAAUGGUGGACGUUACGGACAAGGAAUCAAGCUUGAUAAAUUCACCGAGUGUUGGACGAAAAAUUGCUGUUGUGAGACAUGCCGAAUCCAUGAAUGAGGCCUUUCCGCAAUGGCAUUCAUCUUGCGUUAAUCAGGACCAUUACACAGCAAAAGAUUUGAAUCAUCCCAUAAAACUGCCACAUAGAUCGAAGGGUUUGAUGAUUUAUGAUAUCGAUCCACCUCUAACACAGCUAGCCACUUCUGCAUCAAAUAUCGUUGCGAAAGCCUUGUUCAACACGUCAAUAAAAUGGGAUCGAGUCAUUUCUGCACCGGAACUAGCUUCUGUUCAAACUGCUGCAGCUAUAGCCCUUGUAACUACAGGAGAUAAGGCAUUCAUCACUAUCGAUGAAACUUUAUAUGACUUUAGACACGGCAAAAUUGAUUUUGUGACACCAAUGGAACUCAUGAAAUUCGAUAUUACUGUGAAAGUAUGCAACCCACCAAGAAGUAAAGAAGACUGUGAACGUAAAAGUAGCGCCACAAGAGUGCUAGGGGAGUUCGAGAGGAUGGAGCAUCAGUAUCUGGGAAAUCUGAUCAUUGUUGUUGGUCCGGCCACAUUUGAUGCAGUGUUGCAACGGCUGAUUGGUAAUGAAAAAACAAAAAUGAAAAAAAGGCCCGUUAUAUCGCCUUUGACUUGCGUUAUAUUGGAAAAGGGAGCUGAGUCUUGGAAGCUGCACAACAAGCAGAUACUACCGAUCACAACUUCCAAAACAAUAAUUCCAUUUGAUCCGGCAUCUUUUUACUCAAAAUAGACAUUUACAAUGUCACCAUUAAUUCAACUGCAAAUGUAAAAGCUAUUGAAUACUCGUGAUAAAAUCGCGUG